UCAAAAGGAUAUAAAUUUGAGGUGCAUCAGUCAGACAGUCAGAAUACUCCUGUUUCGUGUUGAAGUCAUUUGGACCUGAGAGCAACUGCAAACUGAAGAAAAUGAAGAUCCAAAUUUUGGUGCUGGCCUUUGCUUUGGUGGCUGUGAUCACUGCAGCACCAGCAGCACCAGCCAAAAAGGCUGCUGCAGUAGACCCAGAUGAAAAGGCUCUUGACGAUGCUAUUGCCAAGAACGGCCCUGCAAUAGACAAGGAGCUCAAAGACGUCACUGUCGACGAUGCGAUGUCCGACUCUGACAUUCAGGACCUGGCUGUGAGCAACAUGAACGACGCUGAUGCAGAUGAGGUGGCAAGCAACAUGACCUCUGCUGACACAGAUGACGUGUUGAGCAGCUUGGACGAAGAUGAUGUGGCCAGCAUGAUGACCUCCGCUGACGCAGAUGAGGUGGCAAGCAACAUGACCUCCGCUGAUGUAGAUGAUGUGGCAGCGGCUAGCGACGCUGAUGAUGACUCUGAUGAUGACUCUGAUGACGAUGCUGACGACGAUGCUGACGCAGGUGCAGCGGCAGCCAGCGACUCUGAUGACGACUCUGAUGAUGACUCUGACGACGAUGCUGACGCAGCUGCAGCGGCAGCCAGCGACUCUGAUGAUAACACUGAUGAUGACUCUGAUGACGAUGCGGCGGCAGCCAGCGACGAUGACUCAGACUCAAGCGACAAUGCUGAUGAUGCUGACGCAGCUGAUGCAGCGGCAAGUGCUUAAUAAGCUGUGAAGUCAGAAUCCCUCACGACAUCCUGCCUCUCUCCAGUUUAACGCCUGAUCUACAGCAAAAUGGCUAUCAUCUUGAUUGCCAAACUAUGUACAAUAAAACCACCUGAGGCAUUGUCUUACAAUAAUGGGAUCACAUUUUAUUGCAUUGUAUGGUGUAAAACCAGUUGUCUUUUGGGGACAAAUUAAGUUGACAGUUGAAGUUGUUGUAAAAGCUUGUGACAACUUGAAAUAAAAAGGUUUGUCUCAAUUUCA